CACCGGCAGCUGCCUGGGGAGAUCAUCCCCGGCCCGGAGUUCCGACUUCCUUCACCCCCACCCCCCACCCACCCCCACCCCGAUCCAGACGCCACCGAUCUCCUCCCGGAUCCUCUUCCGUAACCUGCUGGUUUUCUUUUUCCUCUCUCGGCUCCCAUCGCCCCAAUGCGCCUUUCCCUUCCCUGCUCCCGGGCCCGUGACUGACCAUCCCCAUCAUCCCACCUGACAUCCGCCUGGCUUCUGCCCCUCCUUGACCUCGGAUCCCGUGACGGACGGGGCACUGCCAUAACCUUCCCACCAGACUCUCCUAAACUCCUUUUCCUUCUCUCUUUGCCAGCUCCUGACUCCCAAAUUCCAGCUAACCUUUGACCUCUUGACAUCUGACCCUAACAUUCUUCACCCAAAAUCUCUCAGUUCCUGCCUCCUGCAGUCCAAACUUGCCGAGACGGAGGCCUACCCCGAGUUCUGACUCCAUUUCUGAAGCUCAUUUUUACUUUCUUACUCCUGGGUCACUUCCUGUCACUGCGACCCCACCAUGGACUUCUUGAUGAGCGGCCUGGCAGCCUGCGGGGCCUGUGUGUUCACCAACCCUCUGGAGGUGGUAAAGACCAGGAUGCAGUUGCAGGGAGAAUUGAAGGCCCCCGGCACCUACCAGCGGCACUACCGAAAUGUCUUCCACGCUUUCAUCACCAUCGGCAAGGUGGAUGGCCUGGCUGCCCUGCAGAAGGGACUGGCCCCUGCCCUCUUAUACCAGUUCCUGAUGAAUGGCAUCCGCCUGGGCACCUACAGCCUGGCUGAGGCCAGAGGCUACCUGAAUACUGCCGAAGGCACCCUCAGCCCUCCGCGAAGCGCAGCAGCUGGGGCCCUGGCUGGGGUCAUGGGAGCCUAUUUGGGGAGCCCCAUCUACAUGGUGAAGACACACCUGCAGGCACAGGCAGCCUCAGAAAUUGCUGUAGGACAUCAGUAUAAGCAUCAGGGCAUGUUUCAGGCGCUAAGCGAGAUUGGCCAGAAACAUGGUCUGGUGGGGUUGUGGCGUGGGGCCCUGGGCGGCCUGCCCCGAGUUAUCAUCGGUUCUUCCACCCAGCUCUGCACCUUCUCAUCCACCAAGGACUUCAUCACUCAGUGGGAGAUAUUUCCUCCCCAGAGCUGGAAGGUUGCUCUGGUUGCUGCCAUGGUGAGUGGCAUUGCAGUGGUCCUGGCCAUGACACCCUUUGAUGUGGCCAGUACAAGGCUCUACAACCAGCCCACAGAUGCUCGGGGCAAGGGCCUCAUGUACCGGGGGAUCCUGGAUGCUCUGCUGCAAACUGCUCGGACAGAGGGCAUUUUUGGCAUGUACAAGGGUAUAGGUGCCUCCUACUUCCGCCUUGGCCCCCACACCAUCCUUUCCCUCUUCUUCUGGGACCAGUUACGCACCCUCUACUACACGUACACCAAAUGA